AUGGCCGACACUAGCAAAAUUCACCCAGCCACCAUUGUGACAAAUAUCAAAGCUUGCAUUCCUGUCACGCUUGAUUAUGAAGGCAAACAAUACAAUAGCUGGUCUACCCUCUUUCAACUGCAUUGCCCCGCCAAUUUGGUGAUUGACCAUAUUCUUCCUCCGACAGUUGAUCCCUCAGCCAAGGUUUCCGCUCCGACGGAAGCCGACAAAGCCUUCACUCAGCGCCUUGAUGAUAUUGUCCGUCAAUGGAUUUAUGGGACUAUCUCCUAUGACCUACUCAAUUCUAUUCUCGACCCUGAUGACUCGGCCGCUGAUGCGUGGAACCGGUUGAAGAAUUUCUUCCUCAACAACAAAUCUGCGCGAGCCCUUCAAUUUGAUGCGUAA